AUGACCUUUGCCCGGUGCUCGUGGCCGGUCUGGCGGGUCGACGACCUGACGCCCUGCUUUCAGCAAGAUUACCUCAAGGUCCUCCUUCCCCUCGUCGUCAUCGGCCUCUCCUUUGCUCGCCUCACCGCCCAGUACGGCCGCCGCCUGCUCGCGAACCGCCGGACGAGUCGCUACAAACCGCUCUCCAACGGCCACACGGCCGCCGAGGACCACACGGCCAUCCCCCCCGAUGCCGCCGACGGCGAAACCGAUAGCGAGGAGGACGACGACCUCGAGAUCAACGGCGGUCGACUGGCUCUCGCCAAGACCCUGAGCAGAGGCUCCAUCGUCCAAGCCGACACCCCCCCCGGCCGGCAUCUGUCCCAGGCCGUCGAGGAGCUCGCCGUCGUCGGCUUGAUCGUCGUCAAUGCCAUCGCCGCUCUCGCCGGCGCCUACCGGGCCGGCGUUGACGGCCAGCUCGCCGCCGUCGCCGGCCUCGUCGUCUGGGUCUACACCUUUGUCCUGACCUCGCACCGCCUCUUCCUCGGCGCCACGAGAUGGCGCAUCCCCCACCUCUGGAACCACACGGCCACCAUCUACGCCGUCGUCUGGACGCUCGACCUCUUCAUCUUCCGCUCCGUCCUCAUCCAUCCUAGCUCCCGCCUGGCCCGCGUCCUCAUCGUCGUCGAGUUCGGCCUCGUCAGCCUGCUCUUCGCCAUGGCCAUGACGACGAGGAAGGGCAACAAGACGGUGCUGCUCGAGUGGGAGGAUGGCAUCCCGCCCUCACGCGAACCCCUCGCGAGCCUCUUCUCCCUCGCGACCUUUGCCUGGGUCGACGACAUCGUCUACGAGGGCUGGAAGAACCCCAUGGAGCUGCCCGACGUCUGGAACCUGCUGCCCAAGGACAAGGCGGCCGCCGUCAUCUCCGACUACCGCCAGCUCAAGAAGACGGCCUCGCUCGCCUGGCACAUGCUCAAGUUCUUCAAGGGCAUGCUGCUCUACCAGUGCUUCAUGGCCUUUGUCUCCGGCCUCUUCACCUUUGCGCCCACCCUCCUGCUCAAGGCCAUCCUCGAGUACGUCGAGGAUCCGGACCGCGCCCCCGUCAACGUCCUCUGGCUCUACGUCAUCGGCUUGCCCGUCCUCGACACCAUCCGCUCCUACUCGGACGGCAUGGCCCUCUGGACCGGCCGCAAGAUUUGCAUCCGCGUGCGCGCCAUCAUCAUCGGCGACAUCUACGCCAAGGCCCUGCGCCGCAAGGCCGCCGCCGGCAAGGACAAGGUGCUGCUCGCCGGCAAGACGGCCCCGAAGGGUGGCGACGCCGACGAGGAAGGCACCGUCGCCAGGAUCAAGGGUCUGCUGGGCAUGAGGAGGCGAAAGAGCAAGCGCGCCGGCGGCGGCGACGCCGAAUCCGCCACCCCUCCAGCGGGCGAGCCGCAGGCCGCCAAGCCCGCCGGCGAUGACGAGCAGGCGAACCUGGGCACCAUCAUCAAUCUCAUGUCCGUCGACAGCUUCAAGGUGGCCGAAGUGACGGCCUACCUGCACUUCCUGUGUGCCGCCGCCCCGACGCAGCUCGUCAUCUCCGUCAUCCUCCUGUGGCAGGUCAUGGGCCUCAGCGCCAUCCCUGGCCUCAUCGUCAUGGCCUUCCUGCUGCCCGUCAACUACUUCCUCGCGAGGGGCUUCAACAUCACCUCCAAGAACAUCAUGGCCGCCACGGACAAGCGCAUCAACGUCACCAACGAGGUGCUCCAGAACAUCCGCAUCAUCAAGUACUUUGCCUGGGAGGAGCGUUUCGGCCGCAUCAUCGACGAGAAGCGGCGCGUCGAGCUCAACGCCCUGCGCUCCCGCUUCAUCCUCUGGGCCUGCGCCGUCGCCAUCUGGAACUCGGUGCCCGUCCUCAUCACCUUCUUCUCCUUUCUCGUCUACACGACGAUCGAGGAGAAGCCGCUGUACCCGUCCAUCGCCUUCACCGCCAUCUCGCUCUUCAUGCUCCUCCGCGUCCCCCUCGACCAGCUCGGGGACAUGUUCGCGCACGUGCAGGAGGCCAAGGUGUCGGUCGACCGCAUCGAGGAGUUCCUCGCCGAGGACGAGACGGACAAGUACGAGCAGCUCGGCCUGGACAACGUGGACGAGGACGGCGUCAAGCGCAUCGGUUUCCGCGACGCGACGCUCAUCUGGGGUGGCAAGGAUGCCGUGGCCGAGGACGGCUCGCGCGCCUUUCGGCUCAUGGACGUCAACGUCGACUUCAAGAUUGGCAAGCUCAACAUCAUCGCCGGCCCGACGGGAUCCGGGAAGACGUCGAUGCUGAUGGGGCUCCUCGGCGAGAUGACCAUGGUCGACGGCAGGAUCUUCUGCCCCGGCGGCCGGAGCCGCGAGGACGUGCGGCCCGACGCCGAGACGGAGCUGGCCGACUCGGUCGCCUACGUGGCCCAGUCGGCCUGGCUCGUCAACGCCAACAUCCGGGACAACAUCCUGUUCGCGGCGCCCUUUGACGAGGGGCGGUACAGGGACGUCAUCGUCGCCUGCGCGCUCGAGCGCGACCUCGAGAUCCUCGACCACGGCGACGAGACGCUCGUCGGCGAGAAGGGCAUCACCUUGUCGGGAGGCCAGAAGCAGCGAAUCUCGCUCGCCCGCGCGCUCUACUCGAACUCGGCCCACGUCCUCAUGGACGACUGCCUGAGCGCCGUCGACUCCCACACGGCGCAGUGGAUCUUUUCCAACUGCAUCCGGGGCCCGCUCAUGCGCGGCCGGACCUCCAUCCUCGUCACGCACAACGUCGCCCUCUGCGUCCCCUCGGCCGACCACGUCGUCGUCCUCGACAACGGCCGCAUCGCCUGCCAGGGCACCGCGCAGGAGGUCAUGGCCUCGGGCCGCCUCGGCGAGGAGAUUCAGAAGUCGCGGCCCCCGUCGGCCUGCGCCUCGCGCGUGCCCUCGCGCGUGCCCUCGAGCGUCGGGGACGAAGACACGGCGGCGGCGCACGGCAAGAGCAUGGGCAACGGCAACGGCAACGGCAACGGCAACGCCCCGAACGGCGCACCCGGCAAGAUUGGGCCCAAGAAGCCGCAGGUGAACGAGGCGAUGAGCGAGGGCAAGGCCUCGGGCGCCGUCAAGUGGCCCGUCAUGAAGAGCUACCUGCGGUCGAUGGGGCCGUGGUGGUUCUGGCUCGUCGCCAUUGUCGUCUUCAACCUGCAGCAGCUCUCCACGGUGGCGACGAACGUCUGGGUGCGCGAGUGGGCCAACAAGUACGUCGACGACGACGCGUCGGCCGUGGCGCUGGCGUCGUCCUCGCACGCCUACGGCGGCCCGUCCCUGGCAAAGGGAAGCUGGGCGAGCGUGGCGCGGCUGGGAAGCGCCCGGUCGACGGCCGAGGCAGGCUCGGUGCCCGGCGAGCCGGCGUCCUUUUCGACGCCCGCCUACCCGGACGUCAACCUCGCCUACUACCUCGGGGGGCUCGCCUUCAUCGGCGCGCUCGGCGCGCUCGCGGCCUUGAUCCGCGACGUCUGGAUCUUCUUCGGAUCGCUCACGGCGUCGCGGCGGCUCCACGACCGGCUCAUGUCGGCGGUGACGAGGGCCAAGUUCAAGUUUUUCGACGUCACGCCCCUCGGCCAGCUGAUGAACCGCUUCAGCAAGGACCUCGAGGCCAUCGAUCAGGAGAUCUCGCCGACGGCCAUCGGCGUCAUGUCGUGCGCGCUGUCGCUCGUGGUGACCAUCAUCCUCAUCGCCGUCAUCACGCCGGGCUUCCUCGUGGCGGCGGCCUUCAUCGCCGCCCUCUUCUACGCCGUGGCCACGUUUUACCUGCGGGCGUCGCGCGACCUCAAGCGGCUCGAGUCGGUGCAGCGCAGCCCGCUGUUCCAGCAGUUUGGCGAGACGCUGAGCGGCGUGACGACGAUCCGGGCCUACGGCGACGAGCGGCGCUUCAUCCGCGACAACCUGGCCAAGAUCAACACGCAGAGCCGGCCGUUCAUCUACCUCUGGGCCUGCAACCGGUGGCUCGCCUUCCGGGCCGACGCGCUCGGCAACAUGGUCUCCUUCUUCGCCGGCGUCUUCAUCAUCCUCAGCCUCGGCAAGCUCGACGCCGGCGCGGCGGGCAUCUCGCUGAGCUACGCCAUGAACUUUACCGAGAACAUACUCUGGCUCGUGCGGCUCUACGGCAUGAACGAGCAGAACAUGAACGCCAUGGAGCGCGUCAAGGAGUACCUCGACCUCGAGCAGGAGGCGGCGCCCGUCGUCGAGGGCAGGCGGCCGGCGGCGUCGUGGCCGUCGGAGGGCGACGUCGAGUUUGUCGACUACACGACGCGCUACCGCGCCGACCUCGACCCCGUCCUGAAGGGCAUCUCGCUCAAGAUUGCGGCGUGCGAGAAGGUCGGCAUCGUCGGACGGACGGGCGCGGGCAAGAGCUCGCUCGCGCUCGCGCUCUUCCGCGCGCUCGAGGCCGAGGAGGGGCGCAUCGUCAUCGACGGCGUCGACAUCGGCACCAUCGGGCUGCGGGACCUGCGGGAGAAGAUGACGAUGGUGCCGCAGGACCCGACGCUCUUCAUGGGCACGAUCCGCACGAACCUCGACCCCUUUGACCAGUACACGGACGAGCAGGUGUUUGAGGCGCUGCGGCGCGUGCAGCUGAUUGGGCCGGACGAGCCGGGCGAGCCCUCGACGGUGGCGCCUCCGUCGUCGUCGCCGACGACGACGAACAAGAACGUCUUCCUCGACCUGUCGUCGGCCGUGAGCGAGUCGGGGUCAAACCUGUCGCAGGGGCAGCGGCAGCUGCUAUGCCUCGCGCGGGCGAUGCUGAGGAAACCGCGGGUGCUCGUCAUGGACGAGGCGACGGCGUCGAUCGACUACGGCACGGACUCGAAGAUCCAGGCGACGAUCCGCGAGCUCACGGGCACCGUCAUCACCAUCGCGCACCGGCUGCAGACGAUUGUCGACUACGACAAGGUGCUCGUGCUCGACAGGGGCGAGGUGGUCGAGUUUGGCCACCCGUGGACGCUCAUCAGCGACGCCGAGGGUUCGUUCCGCGGCAUGUGCGAGACGAGCGGCGAGCUCGACGCGCUCGUCAAGGCGGCCAAGAGGAAGUGGGACGAAGGACAGCUCGUCGACGUCGGCUCGGCGUGA